GGGUCUGGUGACUGCGAGCCUUCCUUCAGUGGGAAUGAUUGAUAGCGUGUGUGUGUGUGUGUGUGUGUGUGUGUGUGUGUGUGUGUGUGUGUGUGUGUGACAGAGAGACAGAGAGAGACAGAGACCUGUUUGCGUGGGUCGCUCUGGUGAUCUGAGUUGAUUCGGGUGCACGCCUGAAGCUUCGUGUAUGCUUGGCGUAUAUUGUUUGUUGUGGGGUGAACACAGUAUGAGAAUCCUUCAGGAGACUCCACGUGUGUAUAUGUGUGUGCGCGAGAGAAGAGAAGUGGAAGGGGGGCGCGGGAGAAGGGAAGUGGGAGGGGGGAAGGGAGAGGGAGAGACCGACUAGGCCUGUGAGCCCCAAGAAACAGGUGCGAAUACCACCAACUGCGUGAUGUGACCAGUGUGCCCUGUGUAAAGGAAGACACUACAAGGGGCCGCUAGUGGAUGUAGGAACAGAGUUCUGAGCAUCUCGGUUGUACUUGUGUGUGAGUGUGAUAGACUGAUGGAGCUGUUUAUCAUAGUCUGAGGGCACUCGGCCUGUGGGGCCCAGGGACAGGUGACUGUACAGGUCCUAGUGGGAAAGGAGGCCACCGCAGGCUAGAGGGGCCCAAGGGUGUGGGCACACAGUUCUGAGUAUCUCUAUGUCACUAGCUGUGCUGGUGUGAGAGUGUUGGCGGGUGUGUUUGUGUGUGUGUGAGAGAGAGAGGCUGAUGAAGUUAUUUAUCAAAGUCUAGAGAUACAGUGAGCCAUCAGAUGACAAUGGCUUUGUGAGUGUGUGCCAGUGUGUGAUUGAUCGUGCCUCAUCUCAUUUGUUACCGUGGCAACGGGCUCCUCUAGAGGAGGAGAUGUGAUGGCCUAGUCUGGGAAACUGAACCUGUUAAGGAUGAGACUUUUCCUUCUGUACAAAGGGAUAAAUGGCGCUCAUCAGAGUGUUGAUGGAAAGGCUAAACGGACUGUGAAAUAAUACAGGCAAGCAACCUGGCUUCUUGGUGUCUGCCCAAGAAUGGUCCUGCGGGAAAGUUGCAUCCUACCCUGACCUGUGGAACCUGUUGGGUGUCUUCCUUAUCAAGCACUCUGCCUCAGUCUGAAUGUGGACCAUCAGCAGCGGGAGGAAAGGAUGCCUGCAGUCCGCGGGAAAUCAAAAUCCAAGGCACCAGUGACUUUUGGGGACUUAGCCAUCUACUUCUCCCAGGAGGAAUGGGAAUGGCUGAGUCCCAUGCAGAAAGAUUUGUACGAGGAUGUCAUGUUGGAGAACUAUCACAAUCUAGUCUCAGUUGGUCUUGCCUGCCGGAGGCCAAAUAUCAUCGCCUUGUUGGAGAAAGGGAAAGCACCAUGGGUGAUAGAGCCAUCAAGAAGGCGCUGGGGUCCUGAAUCAGGGUCUAAGUAUGAGACCAAGAAGUUACCACCAAAUUCAUGUCACAAAUCUGGGCCAAGCAUCUGUGAGAAACCAACUUCUUCACAACAAAAGGUUCCCACAGAGAAGGCAAAACAUAACAAGAGUUCAGUCCCAAGCAAAUCCAAGAAGGAACAUUCAGGCAAGAAAUCUUUAAAGUGUAAUCUUUGUGGGAAAACCUUUUUUCGAAGCUUAUCUCUUAAACUUCAUCAAGACUUUCACACUGGAGAGAGGUCUUAUGAAUGCAGUACUUGUAGACACGUUUUCAGGCAGAUCUUAUCCCUCAUUCUUCAUCAGCGGGUUCACAAUUGGAAUAAAAGCUAUGAAUGUGAUAAGUGUGGGGACAUUUUUAAUAAAAAGUUAACUCUUAUGAUACAUAGAAGAAUUCAUAAUGGAAAGGAAAGUUUUCACCAUGAGAAGGCCUCAGAUUCAUGCCCCUCCCUCAGUCUACACCGUAAUAAUCACACUACUGACAGCGUUCACCAGUGCAGGAAGUGUGGGAAAGUCUUCAGUCGGAUGUCAUCCCUUUUACUUCAUAAGAGGAGUCACAACAGAAAGAAAAUACAAAAAUACAAUAAAUACAAAAGAGGCUUCAAAAAGCAGCCAGUCCUUGUACAUAAAAGAGUUUGUAUUGGAAAGAAAACUCAUGAAAGUAAGAAGGCCUUAAUUCAGAGUGCCAGGCAGAAAACUUGCCAGUCGGAAAACCCUUUUAUGUGUGGGAAAUGCGGGAAGUCCUUUAGUAGGAUCUCAGCCUUAAUGCUCCAUCAGAGAAUUCACACUUCAGGGAAUCCCUACAAAUGUGAUAAAUGUCAGAAAGACUUUGGACGGCUCUCCACCCUUAUUCUGCACCUAAGAAUUCAUAGUGGGGAGAAGCAGUUUAAGUGCAGCAAGUGUGAGAAGGUGUGUAGUCGCCUUUCAUCCUUUAUUCAGCACCAGAAAAUUCAUAAAAGGAAAAAGAAACUCAUUGCAUGCAAGGAAUGUGGAAAGAUGUUUGGUGGGAUGAAAAAUCUUAAAGUGCAUCUCAACAUCCAUUCGGAAGAGAAACCUUUCAAGUGCAAUAAAUGUAGUAAAGUGUUUGGCCGCCAGUCAUUUCUUAGUGAACAUCAGAGAAUUCAUACCGGAGAGAAGCCCUAUCAGUGUGAAGAAUGUGGGAAAGCAUUCAGCCACCGAAUAUCUCUUACGCGGCAUAAGAGAAUUCACAGUGAGGACAGACCUUAUGAAUGUGAUCUGUGUGGGAAAGCCUUCAGCCAGAGUGCUCAUCUUGCGCAGCAUGAAAGAAUUCACACUGGAGAGAAGCCUUACGCAUGCAAAAUCUGUAAGAAGUCCUUCGCUCAGCGCAUUUCCCUCAUUCUCCAUGAGAGAAGCCAUACUGGGGAGAGACCCUAUGAGUGUAAUGAAUGUGGGAAGGCUUUCAGUAGUGGUUCCGACCUUAUCCGACAUCAGAGAAGUCACUCUUCAGAGAAACCAUAUGAAUGUAGCAAAUGUGGUAAGGCUUAUAGUCGGAGCUCAUCGCUGAUUCGACAUCAGAGUAUACAUUCGGAGGAAACACCCUAAAGCUGUCGCUAUAUCUGCAAAAUCUAAAAAGGAUUUCAGAGACAUGGGAAGUGAGCGUAAGUGUUCUUGACCUUAUGAUGAUGUAUGUCCCAGAAACUCAUCGUAAGUUGUAACGUUUGAGACAAAAUAUAUAUUUACUAUACCUGACCUACCAAAUGUGACCAUUUAGCAGCACAGCGCAAUGUGGAGUCCCAGUUGUUCAUUCUCCUGACCCUGUGGCUUCCUGGAAGCUGUGGCCUGAUCCUGCUGCCCAGCAUCGUGAGAGUUAUCAUCCUGCUUAUCAUCAGCCUAGGGAAAGAUCACACUUAGACCCAAUUCAAUUCCUAGUUGAAUAGAUAUUGCCUCUGUACCAUUAUAAUGCUGAAAAAUCACAAAUCCGCAAUCAUUCGUUGGAGGGAGUGCACUAUCUGCCAACAAAAUGUUUUGUGUCUGCGGGGCCAUGUUAUGAUACUCUCCCUUUGAAAGCCAAAAAACCAAAGCAGUCGGUAGAUUCUGAAGUGAAGGUCUGAAAGCAGCUGAGGUAUGCUCAGAAUUUUGGAUCAGGGUUUGUGAGUGAAGGGGUUUUUCGGUUGGCAUUUCAUUUCUAGUACAGCAUUCAGGACAUAUUAUUGGAUGCAUACAAUGAGAUGGAACUGGAGCUAGAGUCCACUUUUCUGGUGGAGCUUUGAGCCUGAGUUGAGGUCCCAGGAGAACAGAGUGUUAAGUCUAACAGGCAGACCAGACCAAGCAGGGUGCCUCUUUCUCCUUCAGAGCUUUGUUGGGGUGAGGACGAAGAGUGAGUCUUUAGGGUGCUAGAAAUAGUAGUUACAGUGGUCACACUGCCUCCAUGGUUGUGAAGAUACACUGCGAACAUUUAGUAAGACAGGCUGGGGGCUUGGGCAGGAGAUACUGAAGAAUGAGAAACUUGAGAGCAGGGAGAAGCUAUUUUUUACUUUUUUUACUUGGAAAUAAAUCCUCUAUAUUUAUAUAAGUAAACAGUGUUUUCAUGCAGUACGGCUAUUUGCUCUGAAAGUUACUCUUGAGAUAUGUGUUUGGGUUUUUAUGGUCUGGAUAUUUGUGCCAUCGCAAACCUCACAUGUUGAAGCCCUAAUCCUUCAAUGUGAUGAUAUUUUCAAAUGAGAUUAAUGGAGUUGUGGUGCAGAUGGGCCUUUUUGAUAUGUUUAUUGAUCAGAGACCUUGUCUCCUGUCCCAUGUGAGGACACAGGCGGGCCAUCUGCAAACCAAGAAAAGAUCCUACCAGAACCUGACCAGUUUGCUACGCUCACCUUGGACUUCCAGCUUAUGGAGGAACUGUGAGAACCUAAUUUCUCUUAAGUCAGCUCGUCUGUGAUGCUGUGUUAUAGCAGCUCAAGCUGAUUGGUUCAUGGAAGACCUCCUAGGUUAAGGUACUGGCUGCUUUCCUUUGAUCCAUCCAAUACGUUCAAUGUAUCUUUUUUUUUUUGGUCCCCUUUUCCAGCAUCUGUAAGCUGUAUAAAAAAUAAAGUCUGUGUUCUUUUGUGUGAUUAGAUUAUA